CUCCAAACGUCACCUGUCACACCUGUCAGCCUGUCACUGCCACAACAAACAAACAUUGUGGUUAUGUUGUCACAUUUCGCCCCAGCCAGUCAAAAUCGCCAGUAAACACCCAUCACCCACCGAAAAAUGACGUAAACACACCACCACCCAGCAUGAACAUAACAAUCGACGACUACGAAGCCCUCGGCGACAGCGACAAGGGCCCCCGCACCCCCACAGCCACCGUAUGCUUCGUCUCCCUGCGCCGCCUCGUCGCCAUAGUCUUCGCCCUAGUCACAGGAAUCUGCGUCGUGCUCCUAUGCAAAGUCUACAUCAAGUUCGUGCUUCUGUGGCUCGAGAAGCAGGACCCCAUUGUCAUCUCAGUGACGCUAAGUGUCCUUUUCGUCUUGGUGGCGCUGCCCAUAAGCAUUGGGUACAUAGUAAUAGUGGCGGCCGAGGGGUAUUUGUUCGGGUUCGUGAGGGGGCUGGUGUUGACGCUGUUCGGGGCGAAUUUCGGCCUGCUGGUCGCCCACAAUUUGCUCAAGCUGGUGGGGCACCAUAAGUCGGUGUACAGGUACACGCAGAACGAGACGGCACAGGCCAUCAUGAGGCUGAUUUCGGGGCCUUUGUGUUUCAAGAUCGUGUUUUGCUCGAGGCUGACUCCGAUUCCUUUUGGAUUCCAGAAUACGAUUUUUGCUCUCAGCAACGUCAACACCAGAAUCUACCACUUAGCCUCUCUCCUCGGCCUGAUGCCCGCCCAGUGCAUGGGCGUCUACAUCGGCACGACUCUCCGCUCCAUGCAAGACGUUUUGGAGGACAAACCUGCAUCUUCCGGGACUUACGUCUUCAUAUCCGCUCAGCUAAUCCUCGUCAUCGUGCUCCUGCUCUGGUUCAGCGCCAAAGCGCGAAGCGAACUCAUGAAGGCCUUAGCCGAGGCGGAAGCCUCUUCGACCAAAGCGACUACUUUCUCCAUUGUGUGAUACGUACUUUAUUUAUGUAAACUAAGAGUCUCUUAAUAAACUAUUUUAGUACA